CUUCCCUUCUCUUCCCCUCUCUCUGUCACGGCCGAUUCCCAUCGGGAAAAAAAAAUUCUUUCUCUCGGCUGCUCGCUCUCUGCGCGCAGAAAGAGCGGAGAGGAAGGGAGAGAAUCUUCUUUUCCUCUCCAAAAGGGGAAUCUGAGCGAAAGAAACCCUAAUCGAUCGAUCGAGCGAGCGAGCUAGAGUCUGUAGAUAGAGAGAGAGAAACAUCGAGUGGAAUGUGCGAAAAAGUCUUUAUCUCGGCGACGCAAAGAGGCCGGCUUCUUUCGUCCCCUUCCCCCUUGGAAUCGUAGAGCUUUUGGGCGGUGGGAGCGAGGAGAAAGGUAAGAUUUUUGUUCUUAUUUGGUUCCGAUUUGGGAGGGGUUUUUUUGAUCAGUUGCGGGGAGGGGAAAGGAGGGGAUGGAUCCGGCGGUGUUGGAUGGUAUCAUACAUCGGCUUCUGGAGGUGAGAGGGACAAGGCCGGGAAAGCAGGUGCAGCUCUCGGAGGCGGAGAUCCGCCAGCUGUGCCUCGUGUCCAAGGAGAUCUUUAUGCAGCAGCCCAACCUCCUGGAGCUCGAGGCGCCCAUCAAGAUUUGUGGUGAUAUUCAUGGCCAAUAUUCUGACCUCUUAAGGCUAUUUGAAUAUGGUGGAUUGCCGCCUAAAGCUAAUUACUUGUUUUUAGGGGAUUAUGUAGAUCGAGGGAAACAGAGCUUAGAAACAAUUUGUCUUCUUUUAGCCUACAAGAUUAAAUAUCCAGAGAACUUCUUUCUCUUAAGAGGGAAUCAUGAAUGUGCCUCUAUAAACCGUAUCUAUGGGUUUUAUGAUGAAUGUAAGCGCAGAUUUAAUGUAAGACUCUGGAAGGUCUUCACAGAUUGUUUCAACUGCCUUCCUGUGGCAGCUCUCAUUGAUGAAAAGAUUCUCUGCAUGCAUGGAGGUCUUUCGCCAGAGUUGCAAAAUUUGGACCAAAUACGAAAUUUAACGCGUCCUACCGAUGUUCCAGACACGGGCCUUCUUUGUGAUCUUCUCUGGUCUGAUCCUAGCAAUGAUAUUCAAGGAUGGGGAAUGAAUGACAGGGGAGUUUCAUAUACUUUUGGUCCUGAUAGGGUUUCUGAGUUCCUUCAGAAGCAUGAUUUAGACCUUAUAUGUCGUGCUCACCAGGUGGUGGAGGAUGGAUAUGAAUUCUUUGCUGACAGACAACUUGUAACAAUCUUCUCGGCACCAAAUUACUGUGGCGAAUUCGACAAUGCAGGUGCCAUGAUGAGUGUAGAUGAAACCUUGAUGUGUUCAUUCCAAAUUUUGAAGCCUGCGGAAAAGAAAACCAAGUUUGGCUUUGGUAGUACGACUACAGCUAAAGCUGGAACCCCACCACCAGGAGUAAAGUCUUUUCUUGGUGCAAGAGCAUGAGAUAGGCAAUCAUAGAGGACACGCCACUGUAUGCUGUCCGCUGACCAAGCGCUCAUCCAAAAAAGAAUCCCAAUCAUCAUUUUUAUCGACUACAGUUAGGUACUUAUGGCUCAGGUGUUCCUUUUCCUUUUUUUUUUUUUGAUGUCGCACAUUUCUUGAUCCGUAUGUAAAUUAGUUGUGGAUGGUUAGGACAUGCGUGCUUGAUCUCAAUUUCAAGAACAUCAGAAAUGUGAAUCUGCUUGAUCUUUCCAAUAUGAAUUUGGAAGAAAAUAAUAGACUCUAAUUUUUAAACAUAAUAUUGCUCGU